UGGAGCUUGCCUCUGGUGGGCCAGGAGUACCUGGAGAUCCUCUCUGCCUGGUACUGCAGCUUCGGCAAGUGCUGCAAGACGGGAGACUGCAGGAUAGUCAACAACAUCACAGGGCUAGAAGCAGACCUCAAUGCUCAGCUCCAUGGGCAACACUUGGCCAAAGAAAUUGUCUUCCGGGCAGUGCAAGGAUUCCUGCAGAGCCCGCGGCCAGAGAAGGCUCUGGUCCUCUCCUUCCACGGCUGGUCCGGUACAGGCAAGAACUUUGUGGCUCGUAUGGUGGCCAGUCACCUGUACCGGGAUGGGCUGAAGAGCGAGUGCGUCAGGGUGUUCAUCUCCCUCUUCCACUUCCCCCACCACAAGUACGUGGACUCGUACAAGGCUCAGCUGAAGAAGCAGAUCAGUGAGACUGUGCAGCUCUGCAAGCAGUCCCUGUUCAUCUUCGAUGAGGCAGAGAAGCUGCAUUCCGGCCUCCUGGAUGCCAUCAAGCCCUUCAUGGCUCGCUACAGCAACAAGGGCCAGGUGGAUUACCGGAGGUCCAUAUUCCUCUUCCUCAGCAAUCUCGGCGGCAACGCCAUCAAUGAGGUCGCCCUGGACUUCUGGCGAGCGGGCCGGGCGCGGGAGGAGAUCUCCAUGGAGUUCCUGGAGCAGCGGCUGCGGCGGGAGCUGCAGGAGCCUGAAGAAAGCGGUUACACCCGCAGCCGCCUCCUCGAAGAGAACCUCAUUGAUUUCAUCGUGCCAUUCCUGCCCCUGGAGUACCACCACGUGAAGCUCUGUGCACGGGAUGCUUUCCUGGCCCGUGGACAACCGUACACUGAGGCAGCCCUCGAUGAGGUGGCUGGGAUGAUGGUGUUUGUCCCCAAAGAGGAGAAGCUCUUCUCUGCACAGGGCUGCAAGUCUGUAUCCCAGCGCAUCAAUUACUUCCUUCCUUGA